AAAAAAAACUAAAUAAACGUGUUCUGAUCUUUCUUUGCUCACACACACGAGGAAAGAAAGACACCGUCACGUCAUCGAAUCCUCUUCAUACGGCCACUAGAACGAGCGCGUGUAAGCUCAGGUUUACGACUUUUUAGUCAACGCUUCUAGCUUUGUUAGACUUUUUAAUCUGCUUCUGUUGACAAAAACAAUCUGUUAUUUUCCUUCUCUAGAUUUUUUUUUAUUUUUUGUUCAGACAAAUCGAAUAGUAUCUCUUAUAUAUUUAUUUAUAUAUAUUCCUCCCUGAUACUUAUAUUAAAAUCAUUUUCUCUAUAACAUAAGUCAACUCUCUAUCUCUCUCUGCUUCAAUUGUAACAAAAGUUUGAAUUUUCCGAACUUAAAUUGAGCUUUGUUAGGUUGAAACUUAUCUUGAUGGGUAACGGAGUGACAAAACUGAGCACAUGUUUCACAGGAAGACAUAGUUUCCGACAAAAAGACAUCUCCUUUCAGCUUCCCGAUCCUCUAGACGAAGGUCUAGGCCAUUCUUUCUGCUACGUCCGACCCGACCAAACUCUAACCACUUCCUCAAAAGUCCACUCAGAGCUGGAAGAGACUACCACCACCGUGUACCGAACCAUCUCCGGGGCCUCCGUCAGCGCCAACGCCGCCACUCCCCUCUCCACUUCUCUCUACGAUCCCUACGGACAAAUCGAACGCGCCGCCGCGGCGUUUGAGAGCACGACGUCGUUUCCUUCCAUCCCUCUCCAGCCCAUCCCCAGAAGCUCCGGUGGUGAUCCAGGGUUCCUUUCGGGUCCCAUCGAGAGAGGUUUCAUGUCGGGCUCGCUUGACGGCGGCGGCGACGGGUUAUUACUCUCAGCCCCGCUUGAUAAGCAUCAUCGUCACUUCUUCCAGCGUAGCUUCUCCCAUGGUUUAGCUUUACGGGUCGGGUCAAGAAAAAGAUCUUUGGUUCGGAUUCUCCGUCGAGCAAUCUCGAAGACGGUUUCUCGACGGCAAAACUCCAUCGUUGCUCCGAUCAGGUCAGAGAAGAAUCUUAAAGAAAGGAAUUUAAACGAAGACGUUUCGGUUGAAAGCCAGAGUCUCCAGUGGGCUCAGGGGAAAGCAGGUGAGGAUCGAGUACACGUCGUCGUUUCGGAGGAGCACGACUGGCUUUUCGUAGGAAUAUACGACGGUUUCAACGGUCCAGAUGCGCCUGAUUAUCUUCUCUCUCAUCUUUAUCCUACGCUUCAUCGGGAGCUCAAAGGCUUGUUACGGGACGGUCCACGUGGUCAAUAUAGUGAGCGACGGUGGAGAUGUGAGUGGGAUCAAGAGAUGCAAGAUCUUGACCGUCAAUUAAAGGAACAGCUAAAUCGUGGACCGUUAACGAACCAUUCAGAUGUUUUACAUGCAUUGUCAGAAGCUUUGAGGAAGACGGAAGAAACGUAUCUAGACACUGCUGAUAAGAUGCUGGAGGAGAAUCCUGAGCUAGCUUUGAUGGGUUCUUGUGUUCUGGUGAUGUUGAUGAAAGGUGAAGAUGUUUAUGUGAUGAAUGUUGGUGAUAGUAGAGCUGUGCUUGGUCAGAGAUUGGAACAGAACAACGAAGAAACACUGAUGAAAAGUUGUGAGAGAGAUCAUGACUCCUCUUUAGUAUCGGAUUUAUCGGCUUCUCAGCUCACUGUUGAUCACAGCACAAAUAUAGAAGAGGAAGUUGAAAGAAUCAGAAACGAGCAUCCAGAUGAUGCUAGUGUAGUGAUGAAUGAACGGGUUAAAGGCUCCUUGAAGGUGACAAGAGCAUUUGGUGCUGGUUUCCUAAAACAGCCUAAAUGGAACAAUGCGCUUCUUGAGAUGUUCCAAAUUGAUUACAAAGGGGAGUCUCCAUACAUCAACUGCUUACCGUCUCUCUACCAUCAUAGAUUAGGCUCCAAGGACCGGUUUAUAAUACUAUCAUCGGACGGUCUCUACCAAUACUUCACAAACGAAGAAGCCGUUUCAGAGAUUGAGCUCUUCAUCGAAUUGCAGCCUGAAGGGGAUCCAGCUCAGCACCUUGUCCAAGAACUUUUGUUCAGAGCUGCUAUGAAAACUGGUUUGGAUUUCCAUGAACUGCUGGAGAUACCACAAGGGGAACGGAGAAGGUACCACGAUGAUGUUUCAAUAGUAGUGAUCUCUUUAGAAGGAAGAAUGUGGAAAUCUUGUAUAUAAAAACAAAUCCCCAAUUCCCCAUCAGUUUACGCACACAAAGAAGAUUGGUGUUUCAACAGAAAAGUGAAAUAAUGUUAAGAAAAAGAAACAAAAAAAGUUUUGGCAACUCAUAGGUGAUGAGAAAGAUUCUAAAUUGUCUUAAAUUAGUGGUCAGAGAUUUGGUUCUUUGAAUUGUAAAUUUCUUGCAACCGCUAACUGUAUGUAAAUAGAGAAGUAAACGAAGGAAUUAAAAAAGGUUGUUAGUUAAUUGUCAGUAUGAGAUAUGUAUUGAGUGGCAGUUUGUGGUUCAAGAGAAGUUAUUCCCUUUCCCUAA